AUGGAAGCAGCAAAGUUAAAGAAAACUAAAGGUACUAUUAGUAAGGGGAAAAUAAAGAAAACUAUUAAAAACGUUAUAUGUCAACCAGAUGCCUCAUUUUGGCCUGUUACAUCGGAAUCUGAAAUAAGUGCAAUAGAUAGUAUUCUUAAAAACUACCGUGUUAAUAUUCCCAAUUUUAUAAAACCUCAUUGGAAUGAAAUAAAAUCUUUAAAAAAAGAUAAAAGACCAAGACCUCCUCCGAUUAGGAAAGUAGAUGGGUUACUUUUUGGUAUAUCAGAAUGCCAUGAUGCAAUUCAGAAUAAAAAAUGCUCAGCAGUUCUUAUAGAAUCCCUCGUAAAUCCUCAAAGCAUAGUACAACCAGUGAUUGAUGCAUGUGUUACAAUGAAUAUACCAGUAGUUUGUAUAGAAAAUUUAAGAAAUAUGUGUAAGGAAUAUUUUGGUAUUCAAACAAGUUGUCUGGGAAUUAAAACAGGCAGCAUGUUAGAUUUAAAUAAUAAAUUAGAAAAAAUAUCUCAAAACCAUAAACCAAAACUAAAAAUUAUUCCUAAAGAAACUUUGGAAAGUGAAAACACUAAAUGUAUUAAAAAUGAUGUGCCAAUGGAAGUUGAUGACAUCAAAUGCAGCCAAUAUUUGUAUAGAACUAGUAAAAAAAAUAGAAUUUUUGUACCAUCAAAUAAAGUUGAGGUAAAAGAUAAAAAUCAAUUUAAUGGUCAACAUUUUAUAAAAUUGUCUGAGCAAAGUGAAAUAAAAAAAGACAGCAAAGUCUUUAUGAAAAUGAUGCUGAAGAAAAUAUCUAAUAAUCCAAACAGGGUUAAGUUGAAAGAAAAAUUAAAG